AUGAUACUACUGAGAAUUCCGCUUAGGCUCGAAUCAAUAUUACCCAAAACAAAACAGAUACCCAACAAUGGACAUCUAAACCCACAACGAAAAUUCACAACCAGUCAUCGCCAUUUCCAAACUCCACUUGAGCUAUAUACCAAGCGAGUCGAACAAGGUAAAUUGCGAGAUGAUCCAUAUCAACAUAAAAUCAUCACUUCAUUGUCACAAUUGCAUACACUUUUGAAUGACUACCAGCCGCCCAAAGUUGAAAUACCCACUUAUAAAGACUUGAAACCCAAGUUUUCUCUCGUAAAGACAUUUUCAUCGUUUUUCGGUCGCAAUGGUGGUGGGAGUGGCUCUAGUACAGUAGGAGCUUCUGAUUAUGACUUUACUGCAAGCGAUGGUGAUGGCAAUGUCAAGGGUAUUUAUCUUUAUGGAGACGUGGGGUGUGGUAAGACGAUGUUGAUGGAUUUGUUUUACCAAACUGUGCCACUGCACUUGAAUAAAAAACGAGUCCAUUUCCAUCAAUUUAUGCAAAAUUUACAUAAACGUACACAUCAGUUGAAGAUGAAAUAUAGUUCGAAGCUGAAGUCAGGUGAGGAGCACGAUGAUAUCGAUGUGAUUCCUAUAUUGGCGGCGGAGAUUGCUCGUGAUUCAACUAUUUUAUGUUUUGAUGAGUUUCAAGUGACUGAUGUGGCUGAUGCCAUGUUGUUACGGCGGUUGCUCAUGAUGCUAUUAUCUCCCGAUUACGGUGUGGUUUUAUUUGCCACUAGUAAUCGAGCUCCUGAUGAUUUAUACCUCAAUGGAAUCCAGCGAGUUAGUUUUAUCCCCUGUAUCCAGUUGAUUAAACACAAAUGUCGAGUCAUUUAUUUGAAUUCGCCUACUGAUUAUCGAAAAGUGCCCAAGCCAAUUAGUUCAGUGUAUUAUUAUCCUAAACCGGGUGUCAAAUGGGAUUCCAAAGUCAAUCGGGCCAAUUGUGCCAAGCAUGUGGCGCAAUGGUAUGAGUAUUUUAAUGAUGGCAACACCAAGUGUCAGGAUAAAUUAACAAAUUAUAAUCUUGAAGUAUGGGGCAGGAAAAUUCCCAUUCCAUAUUGUUCGCCACCCAAUGUGGCCCAAUUUACAUUUUUUGAACUAUGUGGCACCCCAAGAUCAGCUGGUGAUUACCUUACUCUUGCUGAACUGUUUCAUUCAUUUAUAAUCACCGAUAUUCCCUAUCUCAGCAUCGACGCUAGAAAUGAAGUGCGUCGGUUUAUCACGUUUUUAGAUGCAGUUUAUGAUUCGCAUGGUCGAUUGGCCGUGACUUGUGCCGCCCCAUUCAAGGAUUUAUUUGUUGAGCCGGAAGAUUUGGCUGAGGGCAAUUAUCAAUUGUAUAAACGGCAAAAGGAUAAAGGAGUGGAAGAAACUUUUGAGGAUGAUGAGUUGGUGACUAAGCAUGGAUUUGAUAAAUCAAUUGCGAAAAAGGCAAAUAUGUUUGCUAAUGAUGAAGAACGAUUUGCAUUUGCUCGAGCCUUGAGUCGUUUGUCGCAAAUGAGUACUACGGAGUGGAUCGAGCACGGGCAGGAUUAG